AUGGACCCCAAGAGCAUCUUUGUAACGCAGGUGGACGAGUGCGCUGGGGCGCUGAUCAGGGCGCUGUCGCGAGCAGAGGAGGAUCUGGCGCCGUGCCUUCCGCUGAAGAAGCGCGGCUACCUCUUCGGCUCCCUUGGCUUUGCCGCCGCCCGCACCAUCAUGUGGCUGCUGCCCGAGCUUGGGGGCAUAAACCAGCACGGGGUUGCGCGCAUGUCCCGGCUGCUGGCAGUGCUGCAGCCGGCGCUGAGCUCGCUGGGCGCGACCGGCGGCGCGUUCCGGCCGGAGUCGGCGCGCGCGUUCGAGAAGGCGCGCGCGUACUAUGGCCUGCUCACCGUGCCGGCCGACGCGCUGCUGCGCGCGGCUGCCGAGCGGCCGACGCGCUUCACAGCAACGGAGUACACCGCAAUGCUGCAGUUGACAGGGGCGCUGGCAGCCUCGGGGUUCUAA